CUUCGACCUAUCGUCCUCCCUGCCGGCUGCCUGCUUGUUGUUCGGCUGUCGGUCCGCUGUUGCUCGUCGGUUUCUCGACAGUUGCUUGCUUGUUGGCCUGUCGCCAGGAGCAGCGGCCUGCCCGGCAUUGUCGUUGUCGAUGUUGGCCAGGCACUGCCAGCGCUGCUCAGCACGGCUCGCGCGACAGCAUCCUCGGAACACCGGCCUGAACCGACCGAGCGCUGUCGAACACAGCUCCCCCCCCCCUCACCUGCUCCUCUGCCUCUGCCUCCAUCUCCCCCCCCCGAGCUGCUCCAGGCGGGCAUCUCGGACUCGCUCCUUUGCUGGCAUCGGCAGCCCUGCAUCUGCUUGAGGCCCCGGCCACUGCUCAACCCACAGAUCCAUCGAGACCAGCCCUCGACUGAUUCAGCGACAAUGAGGAACUGGCGACACUCGCUGCUCUGCUCGCUUGCUUUGCCGCUGCUUGCCAGUGGGGCAGCUAUAAGUUUCGUGGUCCCAGCGGGCGGAGAGAUCUGGUCGUACGGCACGCACCAGGCUCAAAUCGCCGUCGACCCCAAUAGCGGACCGUUCUCCAUGGGGUCAAAGCUGGAUCUCAAGCUCGGCCAAGUUACGUUCGCAUCCGGCAUUGUCCUGGACGGAUCCAAGACCAUCUCCUUCACCAUCCGCCAGGGCGAUAUCCCGGCGGGAACCUAUGCCGUCGUCCUGAGCGACAGCAACGGCAACCAGGCCGACUCGCCAUCGAUCCAGUUCUCGCUCACCCCCGCACCACCACCACCACCACCACCACCUCCUCCUCCUCCUCCUCCUCCUCCCCCUCCUCCACCGCCACCGCCGCCUCCGCCGCCGCCGCCACCACCACCACCCCCUGUCUCCGCCACAGAUCAGUCCCAGCCUUCCCCAGCAACCCUCUCGACGGUCGCAACGUCGGCAUUGGCUUCUGCUCUGUCCUCUGCGAAUGCCGCUCCUACUUUGUCGGUUGGUGCAGUGGCCCCUGCUGCCACAAGUUCAGGCGUGUCCAGCUCAAACACCGCGGCCGUUCUCCCAAGUACUCCCUCGGCUUCCCCGAGCUCAUCUCAGGACGGCAACACCCCCUCCUCUGGACCAAAUAUGCCCAUUGGCACCAUCGUCGCCACCGUCUCGGGGCUGGCGGCAGCUACUCUGCUGUGCUUGGCCAUCUUUAUCUUUGUUCGACGGAGCAGAAUGCGAACCUUCGUGAAGCUCCCCAAGCAUGGCCGCUCCAGUCUCGAGGGCGGGCCUCCACUUCCGAUGAAUACUCUGGGCUCCGGCUCAACAUCCUCAUCGCCCCGCUUUGGCUCAAUCGAGAAGCUCCACAACCCGCGCGACCACACGCCCCUUCCUGGAACCGACGGCCCCGCUCCGCAAUCGUGGGAAGUGACCAAGCUACAGUCGGCCUCGACGUCCUCUCGAUUGAUUCCCAUGACCGCAAGACACAAGCCCGACCUGCAAGCAGUCGAAACCACGCCCCAGAUCACUCCAGUCUCGGGUGUUCCUUCGCAUCUCCGUGUCGGUGGCCGUCCGAGCAUGGAUGCCUCGACUUCAGCCACUGUCGAUCCGAUCCGAGGCUUUGCUGCAAUUCCGCCCGCUCCUGCGUCGAACCAGGAUCCCACAUCCCCGGUGCACUUCUCAAAGUCGCCUGUGGUAUUGCCAUCCUCCCUCAAGCCGACGGCCCAUCCUAUUUCCACCGCCAGUGCCGGGGCCGGGGCCAGUGCUGUGACCGCUGCCGAGACUCCCCUCGAGCUUCAUGAACGCCAACAGCACUCGUUGUCUGCCACACUCGAGCCCAGUGUUCCCAAGAGCAAGCUUUCGAUCUUAACUGCUUCCGACAGCAUUGCUACGCCAACCAUCGUGCUUGCUUCAGACUCGAUCCCCAACCUGUCUACUCCAAACCCCGACCUUCAGUCUCCCACCGGUCCAAGUUCACAGCCCGCCCAUGCCUCUGGAAGCCGUUCUACCUUUGGUCGGCCGUCCGCUGGAGCCUCGGCGACGGUCACCCGCACCAUGAAGAGCAUCCGAGAUGAAGCGCCAACGACCCCUGUCAGCCCGGCUUCUGCUGCUGCUGCUGCCGGCUACAACCCGUUUGUCGCACCAGGCCAGAACCAGUCGGUCUGGUCGCAAGGCACUGACUCGACCUCAAGCAUCCUCACUAGCAGUCCAUUCGUGGCCACUGCAACGACGACCCUGACGACAGAAACAGCGGCCUCGACCUUGACGACCCAGCCGACCUCCCAAUCGAUUCCCCGACGGCGCUCAACUCUGAUCUCGUCUCCGGCUCAGUCGUACCUUGGCGCCUCGGGCGAGAUCGAUUCCGAGUCCCAGCGCCAUUCCAUUAGCCGUCCUUCGACGCAACAGCAAGGCUCAGGCUCAGGCUCAACAACACCACCUCCACCCCGGACUCGGUCCCUCAGCAUUCCUGAAGGACGCCCCUCCCUUGAGAUCGGCGGCCGAGGUCGCUCGGUUUCCAUCCACCGUCCCUCCCUUUCCGGAGGAACCAACAACAAGUUUGCCAUCAACGUCGUGGCAAUCGCCGACGAUAACAGACCCAUAUCUGCCUCGGCCGAUGACGACAGUAGAUCCUACAAAUCCAUCGGCACGACGCACUCGAUGAAAUCGGCCAAAGCAGCCUUUGACGAAGGGCUGCGCAAUCACCCUUCGCUGGAGAACCUCGCUGCAGAUUUGGAUGCCGACAUCCACUGAGUUGGACCUUGUGUAUGAACGUGUACAUGUACAUGUCCAUGACUGGCUCGAGUCGGGCGCACUUGGGAUGUUGCCGCUUGACCUUUCGAUCCUUU